ACAAACAAUUUUUGUGCGAGUAUCAAAGGAAGCACAAAUUCGCGUUGCUACGUUGCAUUUGGGCAGUGAAAAACGGGCAAAGUGCGAAUUAAUCAAAGUGCACUUUGUAACAGUUGACGAAUCAAUAUUUUGUUUUGUUCCCGUAUCGUUGCCGACAAAUGCGCAUUCUUUAGCAUCAACAGCAACAACAAUAGGGCAGUGAAGCAACAAGUGUGUGAACGAAAGCGCAUUAAAUAUUUCGGAGUGUUAACGUGGUAUACAAACAAUAACUAUGGCUCGCUAUUUCAAAGAACAAGACAUUGAUGAAUUUCGUGAAUGUUUUUACCUCUUCGCACGUUCUGGUCACAUUACAACGCUGGAUGAGCUAACGGUAAUUAUGCGAUCUCUGGGACUGUCUCCGACGAUGCAAGAAUUGACCCAGUAUCUGAAGAAGAAGAAUGGUCGCAUGAGCUUCGCCGAUUUUCUGGAAGUCAUGCAUCAACAUUCGCGUGUUGAAAAUCUUCCCGACGAAGUGGUACAGGCUUUCAAAGCGGGUGACAAAGGUGGCCGCGGAACCAUUCCGGCGCGCCAGCUGCGACAUCUAUUGCAAAACUGGGGCGAAGGGCUGUCGUACCGUGAGGUGGACAACAUAUUCCGUGAGGCAAACGUGUCAGGGAAUGGGCAUGUACGUUACACUGAUUUCGUGCGUGUAGCUUGUGCGCCAGUUCCAGACUACUACUGAUCGUACUAUACGUUAGUAAAUACAAAGGAGGUGAGGUCAUGCCCACCUUAUCACGUUCUUGCAAUCAUCGAUAACUCUACUUCUUUCUGACAUAUUGUUUCGAUAUUCUUCUAUUGGCUUGGUUUGGCUUUUUACUAUCUUUUAAUUUACGAGUGUUACGCGUAGAGGUUGAAUAUUUAAAGCAUUUUUUGUAGUAGUACAACCGCUUGAGACAAACAUAAACCAAAAGAAACUACAAACUCGCAUAGUUUUGUCAUCUCCCGUGAAUAUCACAUGAGCAUAUUGCAAAACUUUGCAUUCCAUAUUCCAAAACAUUCAAAUAUCUUUGGCACUCAGUGCUAAGAUAAGCAUUAUGCAAAUCGAGGUCCGAAUAUUCAUUACUUACAGUGGAAAGCAAAAACAAAUUUAACUACUGAACCAGAAUGUUGUCUGGGGGAAAUGGCAUGCAUUAUCCGCAAUAAACAUGUUUUCGCGUAGGUUUAAUUUAGCUUUUUUUAUCAAUGAUCCGUAAAUAAAGCAAAACUAUCAUUUACACAUCUUAUAUAAUGUUUUUGAUUGAUCUUUGAUUGCCAAAAUUAAAUUUUUCAUCACAAAUUAAAUUAAAAUCAAUACGAAUUUCGUAAAAACUUGUUCUUGAACUUGAACGUAAAUGUUCUUGAACUAAACUUGUUUUUGCUUGCCACUGUUGGUGUAAACCAAUGGUUACUCAAUGGUGAGCUGUGUACGAUUUGAGUACGACUUUAAAGAUUUUAUGUGGAGUUGGUUGGAAAAGUUUAUUUUUCAAGUUUUCAAGUUUUGGAUAUUCUUUUUGAUAACAAUUGCCGCACAAAAAAUAAGCCAACAAACUAAGUAUGAAACAAUUCAACAAAUCUUGUUUAAACGAUAGAAGGUAGGAAACACGAUUCAUAGCAAAUUUGCAAUCAUAAUAUAACAUAUAGUGAACUUAUAAUAUAACAUAUAGCCUGCAUUGAUUGGGGAGAUAUAGUAGUUUGUGAAAUUUGACUAGCUACUAAAUUUACGUGUCCGAUCGACCGCACUUAGUAACACUUGAGAAUGGUUUCGCUUAAUCUUUAUAUUAUGUGCAAUACAAUUUAAAGGUCUGAUUCAAACUACCACGUUUAUGGCACUUUCUUCAUUGUUUACAAAAAUAUGCUCAUUGCACGUUUUUCGCAGUUAAGAUUUAGCGUUAGGUUUGGUGUUGAAGUUUAGUUUCUAAAAUAGUCUCAAAUAGUCUGGUCGCAUUUUAAUUAUUUUUAGCCCUAAACAUAUCGCUCAAUGCUAGAUUGGUUUAAUUUCAAACAGGAUAACAGCUUCAAACAUAGUAGUUUAUAAGUGACCUAGUUUAAAUUUCUGUUGGAUUAUCAUAUAUCUAGAAAAAAAAACUUGGUUCUUCGCUAAACUAAAAACCUCGUGUCAACUGUAUACACUAUUUUCGAGUGUUUGAAUCGAUGCUUUUUUUAUGCAUAUUUUGAAUCGUGACUUAUUUUCUUCCAGUGACCGUUUUGCUUUGUAUUUUGAAUAAGGCAACGUUUUACAAGUAUGCCGAUAAUAAAUAUAUGCGCUAGAAACUGAACUUAUUCUCGUAAUUCCGAAAAGUUGUGUUUCCUGAUUACAUGUUUUAAGCGGGAAUCAUUUUUAACAAUUUAUUUUUCACCCACAUUGUUUUG